GCUGGCCUGGCAGGUUGUGAGCCCUAGUGAGUGGAUGGGGGACGUCAGAGCCAGUGGAUGGGGGACGUCAGAGCCAGUGGAUGGGGGACGUCAGAGCCAGCCUCUGGUGGAGUGUCGGCAGGAAGCAGGCAGGACUAUGUAUCACACUUUGUAUCCAGGAAUUCCAACAUCAGUGCAAACAGAAGAAAGCUGGCUUCAAGAACUUUCUGGCAGAAGGCAGAGGAGGAAAAAAACCUCCUCUGUAACUAAGGAUACUGAACAUGAAAAUCUGGCUUCUAAGUUAAGAGAAAAAUGGGUAAUUAAUCCCAAAGAGCGAAAACUGAGUAUUUUAUGUGAGCUGGAGUUUAAAGAAGACUUCAUAACCCUGUUCGAGCCUUCCCUGAGGACCUUGCCGAGCAUCGGGCCACCGUCCGUUCUGCAAUUCAAAGGAGAGAGCUCCAAUUUAGGCAUUAGCUUCAAGGAAGAAGAGGAGGAAAUAGCACUGCAGUGUGAAUUUUGUGGGGGCGAUCUAAGAACAUUUCUUUCCAACAUGGAUGUUUUCUCUGAUGAUGAUAGCUCGGAACCCACAGGUGCCUGCUGUUGCAGUUAUUCUCAAAAUCUGAUUGACUACAUCUAUGAGGAAAAAAAAAAAACCCAAAGCCCUAAAGCUGAAUUAAUCUGUAUUGACCCUCAUGCAGCCCAUGGCAGUGAAGCUGAUAGACUCAAAGCAAAGGAAAAAGCCCUGCGGAGAAAACAGGAGCGACAAAUUGCCAGACAAUUUGCAAUAAUACCAAAUGGACCAGUUAAUUUUUCUGAAGAAGAUUCAAAGCACUUAAAAACAAUUUCUUAUCAACUUUCCGUGGAUAUCCCAGAAAAAGAGCUAACUACUGACAGUCUACUUGAUUUCCUAGUAGAAGAUAGAAACAUUUCCAUUGAUUGCUGUGAUGCUAGAAUAGCAUGUGGAAAGAUGAUGAAGAAUGAGCUCUUAGAGAAGCACUACAAACAUGGGAGCAAGUUUCUGACUUCAUUUCCGGAUGGAACAACGCAAAUAUUCUACCCAUCUGGAAACCUAGCCAUCAUCCGAGUGCCCAACAAAAUCAGUGGUUUCACUUGUAUAGUCCAAGAAGACAUGCCCACUGACCCUGCAAUCUUGGCAUUGCUAGAUUCUUCUGGCAGAAGUUCCUGCUAUCAUCCCAAUGGAAAUGUCUGGGUAUACAUCAAUAUCUUGGGAGGUCAGUAUUCAGAUCAAGCUGGCAACAGAUUAAGGGCUUGGAAUUGGUCCAGUUCUGUUGCUUCCUCACCCUUUGUUUCAUUUAAACCUGUCUUUCUGGCCUUGAACCAUUACAUUGGAGUUCGCAUCUUAGAACAAGACAAGAUUUCAGUCACUUUUCUAGCAAUGGGCCAACAGGCAAGAAUCAGUGUUGGGACCAAAGUGAAGCUACCUAACCCUGAGGAGAUUCCAGUUCUCCGAUACCUGAAUGAGGAUGACCUGCUGCUACUGGCCAAUUUAAUCAAGAUUCGACGCCUGUUUCAUAAACUUGAAGGAUGUGCAAGUUUCCCCUCCAGCCAGGUUUGGGAAAAAUUAAAGCAACCUUCCUACCUUUCCUCACUUUCUCUAAAACUAAUUGCCCUUUGUCACAAUUCUGGUGUAAGGAAAGACACCAUGAAAACAAUAUCAGCUAUAAUAAAUGAAAACGCUUAACAAACGA